AUGGUCAUAUUAGCAACGGUGCAUACGCGAGCUGCUACACUAAUGAUUGCAAAUUACAGUCGUGCUAUGUUUAUCAUAGGGAGGAGAUAUUCUUCGUCAUCCUUGACUGAGAAGUUGAGAAAUCCGAAUAGAAAAAAAGCUAUUGAUUUAACAGCCUAUCCGCCAGAGAAAAUACGUAAUUUUGGCAUUUUGGCGCACGUUGAUCAUGGCAAAAGUACCCUGGCAGAUCGAUUUCUCGAAUUGACAGGUGUCGUUGAUAAAAGUGGUCAUGCCAGUCAAAUGCUUGAUAAAUUGCAGGUGGAACGGGAACGUGGUAUAACGGUGAAAGCGCAAUCAUGUACUAUGUUUUAUAAGAAUUACAUGUUAAAUUUAAUCGAUACUCCUGGUCAUGCUGACUUCAGUUUCGAAGUUUCUCGGUCUCUUGCCGCUACUAAUGGAAUUGUGCUUCUUGUCGCCGCUAAUCAGGGUGUAGAGGCGCAAACGGUGGCUAAUUUUUGGUUAGCAUUUGAGGCUGGUUUAACAAUUAUCCCAGUUAUCAAUAAAAUUGAUCUCAGCAGCGCUAACGUCCCACGAGUAGUAUCACAAAUGGAAAAUUUGUUUGAUUUUUCGUCAUCAGAAAUAUUUCGCAUUUCUGCUAAGAAUGGUACUGGUAUUGGGGAUGUAUUGGAUGCCAUUGUUGAAAAGUUACCAUCUCCCAAAGGUGAAUUACACUUACCUCUUCGUGCACAUGUCUUUGAUUCCUGGUAUGAGACUCAUCGUGGUCCAAUAGUUUGCGUUGCUGUGCAUGAUGGUAGGAUUUCGAAGGGGCAGAGAAUACGAACUUAUCACACUGACUGUGAAUACGAAGUGUUGAUGGUGGGCAUCAUGAAUCCAAACAUGCAUGAAGUUGAGUGUUUACAUGCUGGCCAAGUUGGCUUCUUGUUAACUACGAUGAAAUCAGUACAAGAUGCUGUUGUUGGAGAAACAUUAUAUGAUGUAAACAGUGCACGCAAUACAAUACAGUCCAUGCCUCUAUUAACGCCCAGUGCGCCGUGCAUUUAUGCUAGUAUUUAUCCGACAGACGUUUCUGAAUAUAACGCGUUGCGUAUUGCACUUAACAAAUUGGCUUUAAACGAUUCAUCGGUGCAGAUCCAACAUGAUAGUAGUAUCGCGUUGGGCAAUGGCUUCAAAAUUGGUUUCUCAGGAAUUCUGCAUAUGGAGGUUUUUUGUGCGAGAUUGGAGCAGGAAUAUAAUGCUAAUGUUACUGUAACUGCACCUAGUGUCGAAUAUCGCGCUGUCAUUAAGGAUAAUCCCACUGUUAUAAAAAAAAGAUACAAUGGUCAAUCUAUGAUUCGUCUUUUGGAUGCUAGUAAGUUUCCGGAUUGUCCCAAUGACAUUGAUUAUUUCUUGGAACCCAUGGUAAAAUUAACACUUUUAUUUUGCAAUACACACUGUGAACACGUAGCAAGAUUAUGUGUUGAUGCUCGUGGAGAACAAGUUGAGAAUAGUGGACUGGAUACAGAUUAUGCUAUGCAGCAAUGGCGAUUACCUUUUGCUGAAGUUUGCACAGACUUUUUCGAGAGAUUGAAAAGGAUCACGAGUGGUUAUGUGACAUAUAAUUACCAGUGGGAUGGUUUCAAACCAGCGAAAGUUGAACUGCUUAUGAUUCAUAUCAAUGAUCUUCCUAUUUAUGAAUUCUCGGAGAUAAUGCCUUCAAACCAAGUUAAAGCUAGAGCUAAAGAAAUUGUAAAGAAAUUGAGAGAGGAGAUACCUCGUCAACAAUAUGAAGUACGAAUUAAGGCCACUCUCGGACAAGCAAAAAAAGCGCUUGUACAAACGGUUAUUGCACCAAUCAAGAAAGAUUUUACGGGUCAACUAAAAGGCAAUUUUGGAGGUGGUGGUUGGGAACGUUAUUGCAAAAAGUUAUCAGAUCAAAAAAAAGGAAAGGAACGAAUGAAACAGCUGGGUCAGGUGCAAAUUCCCAAAGAAGCAUUCAUCAAUGUACUGAGGAGAUAG